AUGCCGGGUUUCGAUAAUGCCAGACAAUUUCCACAAUCAAUAGAAGAUAUUGAUUACUCCGAUAUUGAAGAGGAAUAUCAAGUUCCGUUUGAAGAAGGAUUUGAUACGAUUAUUGUAGUGGACAACGCGCCAAUUGUUGACGAGAGUAAAAAAGAAAAAUUGUUGAAAUUUAUCAGAAAAAUUUUCAAGAAUGUUGGUAACAUCAAAGAGGGAGGAAUUUAUAUGCCAAUGGAUCCUGAUCCUAAGACUGGAAAUCCAACUUCAAAAGGGUAUCUCUUCAUUGAAUUCGAAACUCCAGAACAAGCAGCGAUGGCCAUAAAACAAUAUGAUGGUUAUCCAAUGGAUAAAACUCAUCUUCUUGCAGUGAACCGAUUCACAGAUAUUGAGAAAUAUUCCCAGAUUGAAGAAGAAUAUAAAGAACCGGAAGAAGAAAAAUUUGUAGAAAAAGAACAUUUGAGAAGUUGGCUUACUGAUCCUCAAGCUCGUGAUCAGUUUGUACUUUAUCGUAGUGAUGAUGUGUUCAUAUUUUGGAACAAAAAGACAGAACCACCCGAAGAAGCCCAUAAGAGAGUAAAUUGGACGGAAACGUAUGUCCAGUGGUCGCCUCUAGGAACUUAUCUUGCGACGUUUCAUCGUCAAGGCAUUGCAUUGUGGGGUGGCCCAAGCUGGAACAAGAUAAUUCGAUUUGUACACUCAGGUGUCAAACUUAUAGAUUUUUCACCUAAUGAAAAAUAUCUUGUUACAUGGAGUAACGAACCGAUUACUCUUGGACCUAAUGGAGGAGCGGGUACGCCUUUUGGUACUGAUGAUGAAGGUCGUCAAAUUAUUAUUUGGGAUGUUCAUGGUGGUAAUCUCCUUCGAUCAUUUUUAUCGUCAACAUUAUCCCCUGAUGGGACACCUAAUAAAAUUACAUGGCCAAUGUUCAAGUGGUCAUCAUCUGAUAAGUACUUUGCCAGAGUAACGCAAGGACAACAAGGACAGCAAGGACAACAAAUACUUUCGGUAUAUGAAACACCUAGUAUGGGGCUAGUUGGUAAUAAAAGUAUCAAAAUUGAAGGUUUAGUUGAUUUUGAAUGGGCUCCUGCCUCUGAUAAAGAAAAGGAAAGGGAUAAACAUUCAGGAGAUAAGAAGCAAAGAGAGGAACUCCUUAGUUAUUGGACACCAGAAAUUGGAAAUCAGCCUGCUCGUGUGACCUUAUUGAACAUUCCAUCGAAAGAAAUU